GUGGUAUGCCCUACAACUUCUUCUUCCUCCUUUUAUUUCAUUUUACAUUAUUACAUUUCUUAAUCGUUUUUAUAGAAUCUUCUUUUAUUCAUCAUGUUUUAGGAUUUACUAUACUAGUAUUGGAAACACUACAUAGUGAUGAUAAUGUUAACACAUACUAGGGCUACAAUAAUAAUCAUGUCCAAAAUUGUUUCUAUGUCUUUUUCGGAUAUUAAUUACUUUGGCUUAGUGUGAGUGAUUCUUGUAGAUAAGUUAAAAAGUCAUAAAAAGAGGCGCACCUAUCAUUUCUGUGAUCCGGUGGGUGGUUAUGAUUGAUUGACUGACGACAUUUGAUAGUGUAGAAAGAAAAGUCUUUACACUGACAGUGUAUAUAGAUAUUAAGUUCUCAUUUAUUUAUUUAUAAUUUUGGUAGUAAAUUACUUUUUAGUCAACUUUUUUACAUGAUGAGUUCAAUAUUUGAGUUGAUAAAAUUGGUGGAUUGUCAAAUUCUAUGAUGCAACCAGGUAAGUAAGAAAGUUUGAAAUUUGAAACUGAGUGAAGAGAAGAGUCACACACAGCAAAAAGAUGGCAAAAUCUUGUUUGAAUGUAAUUGAGAUCAUUGAUAGCGACGAUGAACCUGAUAUUUCUCACAACGUUGGUGCAAAAUCUAGUUCAGUAAAUGUUGUAAUUGAUAUCAUUGGUAGUGACGAAGAACCUGAUAUUUCUCAGAAUGUUCCACUUAAUAGGCGAGGUAGUGGAAACAUUUCUGUUACAACAUCAGAAGAAAAAGUAAAGAACUUGGACAACAAUCCGAACGUUUUGCAAGAUAUGCAAGGUAGCGGAAACAAUUCUCCUUCAACAUGUUUUGAGGAAGAAAAAGGAAAGAACUUGGAUAGCAAUCAUGGCGGAAACAAUGAAGAAAAUUUUGAUGUUUGUCAAGAUAUCUUAUUUACUUCAAAUACCAAGAGAAAACGGGCUUGUAAUGUUGUUAUGAGCGAGUCUGAAAGUGAUCGUGAUGAUGAUGAUAAUAUGAGCAACUCUCUAACUACUACUAAUUUAGUGGCUGAUAAGGUCACUGAUGACAUUCGAAUGCCAAGGCGUCGUCUAAAGACGCAAAGAAUAGUGCCUGAUAAGGUCACUGAUGACAUUCGAAUGCCAAGGCGUCGUCUAAAGACGCUAAGAAAAAUCGGAAGUAAAAGUCGGGGUGAUAAAACAUAUCAGCAAUGUAUUCCAACAAACGGUGAUGAUGAAUUAGAAGAGGAUUUGUCAUACAGUGAGGAAGAUAACAUGAGUGAUUUUAUUGUUGAUGAUGAUUUUGAUGUAUCUGAUAGUGAAGACAUGUCCAAUGAGUCACAAGAUGAGUCUAAUAGCGACGCUGAAUCUAAUUCUGGUAGCUUGCAGAAUUUACAGGAUAAUAACAAGGAUUCUCAUUUGCAAGAUGUAUCUGAUAGGAAAGGUAGUGGAAAUAUUUCUCUGUCAACAUGUUCUGCAGCAGAAAAGGGAAAGAAUUUUGAUUCCAAUUAUGCAGAAAACAAUGAGGGAAAUUCUGAUUUGGGUGAAGAUCUCUUAUGUGUUGUAACUUCCAAAAGGAAGCCAAAUCGUAAUGUUGUUAUAAGUGAGUCUGAGAAUGAUGACGGUGAGGAUUUUGAUGAUGAUUUGCCAAUUAGUACACUUAAAAGUAAUCUUGUUAAGGAAAUCAGUGUUGACGAGUUAAUAAAUGUUGUUAAUGAAGAAGCAGAUGAUGUUGAUGCUGAUGCUGAUGUUGAUGAUGAUAUGCCAAUUAGUCAAGUUAUAAGGAUGAAGAAGCCGCGUAGGCGCCGUCUUAAGCCUCUAAGAAAAUGCGUAAGCAAAAGUAAUGGUGAUAAGGUCAACUAUCAGCAAAGAAUUCCAACAAACAAUGAUGCUCAUGAUGGUGAUGAUGAAUCAAUGGAGGACUUAUCACAAAGUGAUGAAGGAAACUUGAGUGAUUUUAUUAAUGAUGACUUUGAUGUAUCUAAUUGUGAAGUCGCCUCUAGUAAGUCACAAGAUAGAUGUAAUGGUAAUGUGGACUCUGAUGAUUCGAAUAACUCACAGGAUUUACAAGAUCGUAGCAAGGAUUCCAAUUUGCAGGAUUUAUCUGAUGAUGACUAUGAUAAGUUAUUAUCAAAAAUUCAAAGGAAAAAAAAGCAGAAAAUUAAGUGGGAAUCUGAGCCUGAAAUGCUUGCAGAUUUAGGAAAGGAUCCAGUGUUGUGUAUGAAGGCUGUCUGCGUUCUUUAUCGACAGCAAACGGGGGAGGAACAGGAGAUCAAGGGAACAGUGUGCCGCAACGGGCGUGGAUUUAACACGCAUGAUGCUUACAGAGGCAGUAAAUUGGCCGAGUUCCUCCUUGAUGGCAGUCCUGAUGGUAGCAUAAAUAAGACUGUGGAGGAGUUGCAAAAUUUUAUGCCCGACGGAGUUGAAGUUUGCGAAUCACUUGCUUUUAACUACUCAAAACAACUAUUUGAGAUUUUCGAGAACAAAGAGGAUGAUUUUUUCCCUUGACUAGCAAAGAAACAGGUUCCUUUUCAGAAUGUUAGAAAUGGAAUCAUGUGUAUAAAUUUUAGCAAACAUUAGCACAUUAGAAAUGGAAUCAUGUACAUAUAUAUUUUGCUGCCUCCAUAUAUGCAUAAUGCUCCAAACACGCAGUUCAUUGGUGAGCUGAGGACACAAAAGAUCCUCAACUCACCAAUCGAACUACGUGUUUGCAUGUAUUUUGAAAUUAUUUGGUCUGCUGUGGCAAAUUGUUCGUUAUAUUUAUAUUUAUUAUCAUUAGAAAUAAGAAAUAUGUAGCUUAAGCCUUUGGUCUUGUGCUUUAUGUUUAUGUUUCCUAAUGCCUUUCUAUUUGGUAAAUCUAGAGCUGUAAAAACUUGGCCAGGCCUAAUGAACCAAUUUUUGUUAUGUGAGCCAGGCAAAUAGACAAAGGCACAAUGGGUCAUGCUGGCCCAUAAUUGUGCGGU